AUGGAAGACGCCAAGUUCCUUGCCGUGCUGUCGCUCGUCCGCCGUUCUCUGCGGAUCGUGGGUGCGGACAUUUUUGAGGAAAAUUGGCGCCCAAAUUUGCUGACUUUCCUGACGCUGGUUUCGAUUUCUUUCUUUCCGUACAUGGACUUGAGCUUCAUGCUACAGCAUACGGAUUCGUUCAACCUGGUCUUCGAGGGAAUAUCCGUACUGGUCGCUGGACUCGAUGCCUGGUUCGGACUGGUGGAGAUCAUCGUAAACCGGAAGGCGUGGGUCGCGCUCAUGAAAGACGUCUCAAGUCGAAGAUCUAUGUACAAGUCGGCGAAGAUCUCCGCGUUGUUUGACGAGUACUACGAACGGAACAUCAUGUUCUGCAAAUUCCUGUACGGUGUGUACAUGUCGACGUUCUCGUACUUUUUGCUUCCAGCGAUUUUGCCCGAUCCGGGUAAGUAUAAUCUACCGAUACCAGCUACCAUUCCUCACCUGGUGCCCGAUACCAACAAGUUGUACUGGGUAAUCUUCCUGAUCCAGCUUUUAAUGGUCGGCAUUGCCCAGCAUGUCCUGAUCGCGCAAUGUUCCUCGCUGAUCAUCGGGAUCAUGUCCGCUUGCUGUCAGAUUCGAGCCCUGAAGAUCAAGCUGGAAGAUCUGAACGAGCAGAUCAAUGACCCGUCUGUCAAGCCGGACACCGUCCACGAAUCCCUCGGUGAAAUCAUCUACCUUCACGCCUCUACCAAGGAUUACAUCCGGCUUUUGCAGCGCAAGGCAGCGAUCGUCUACCUUUCGGUGUUUGUGACCUGCGGUGGCAUCGUGUGCUCCUGUCUGAACGUGAUCGCCGAGGAUCUGUUCAACUCGGCCAACGCGCUCAUGCUCGCCGGGACGUUCUCCGUGCUGGUCCACUGCUUCUUCGGCAACACGCUGCUGAUCGAGAACGAUAGCCUGCCGGAUGCGAUCUACGCGAUCGAUUGGUACAAGCUCCCUUUGGUGGAUCAAAAGGCGUUCAAGUUCUUGCUGGCUAACGCUCAACCUGACGCGGCCCUGCACGGAAUCCUGAUGCCGUUGAACAUGGGAACGUUCAUAUCGAUCAUGAAGGGCGCGUUUUCAUACUACUCGAUCCUCAGCAAGGAGAAGGCCAAGUAA